GAGAAACUGAGAAGCUCAGAAAUAGUACACGGUAUCCCGGAGCGGCUCUGCAGAGAACAUGGCGGAUGUACUGGAUUUACACGAGGCGGGCGGGGAGGACUUCGCUAUGGAUGAAGAUGGGGACGAGAGUAUCCACAAACUGAAAGAAAAGGCCAAGAAAAGGAAGGGCAGAGGGUUUGGUGCAGAUGAAGGCACCAGAACGAGGAUCCGGGAAGACUAUGACAGUGUGGAGCAGGAUGGAGACGAGCCGGGGCCCCAGAGAUCUGUGGAAGGCUGGAUCCUGUUUGUGACCGGGGUACACGAGGAGGCCACAGAGGAGGAUAUACACGAUAAAUUUGGUGAAUUUGGGGAGAUCAAGAACAUCCACCUGAAUCUGGACCGCAGGACGGGCUUCCUAAAGGGCUACGCGCUGGUGGAAUAUGAGACGUACAAAGAAGCUCUCGCGGCCAUGGAAGGGUUAAACGGACAAGACCUGAUGGGGCAGCCGGUCAGUGUAGACUGGGGAUUUGUCAGAGGCCCCCCGAAAGGAAAGAGGAGAAGUGGGAGAAGGAGGAGCCGCAGCCCAGAAAGAAGACGACGUUAAUCCCGCCCCUUUACUGUUGAUUGGAUCGCUGAUCCGCCGAACUCAACGUCUCAUUGUAUCUGCGAAGGUCAUUGGCUCAGUGACAGUUGUUUGUUUUCCUGUGUGUUUGUCAUUGGCGCAACAAGAAGGUUUUUAAUUUUGCAAAAAAAUGAACGUUUGUGACCAGUGCUGUGUCCCUAAUUCACUGGGGGUACAAAGGAGUUUUAUUUGUUUUGUAUUCACUAUGGUCCCUGAAUUCUUACCAAUAAAGCCUUUUAUGUUA